CAUGCCCUCCGUAGAUUACAUUUACACACCCCAUAUGAUAAGAGAAACUGAUUUUGUCACACAGAGAUAGAGAUCGAGAUAGAGAGAAUGGUAUCGUCAUUAUUAUCUACUUCUCAUCUCUCAGUUUUCCCAGAACGCCUGUCUUUAUCCUCUAAACCCUCACAGCACCACUUACUUAAUGUGAAGCCAGUUGGGAUUCGUGUGAAAUCAAGUUUGGAAGAUGAAAGCUCCUCGUCCUCUGGAGGUUUCGAUGACCCAUCACAGUCAAUCAAGAUGAAGGAAUCUCAAUUGUCAACAUCAAGGCGCCAGUGUCUUUCUUGCUUGUGUUCAACCUUAGUUUUAAUCGGUACUUCAGCAACUUCCAUUUCAAUCCCAAAAGCAAUUGCCAUGGAUGGAAAAGAAAGACCUGUAUGCCGGAAUUGUUUGGGCAGUGGUGCUGUACUUUGUGAUAUGUGCGGUGGAACCGGAAAAUGGAAAGCCCUCAACAGAAAACGAGCUAAAGAUGUUUAUGAGUUUACAGAAUGUCCAAAUUGUUAUGGUCGAGGGAAACUCGUUUGUCCUGUUUGUUUAGGUACUGGUUUACCAAAUAACAAAGGUCUUCUAAGGAGGCCUGAUGCACGGCAAUUACUUGAUAAGAUGUACAAUGGUCGGAUACUGCCUGGUUCUUAAAAAAUCCAAAGGCUAUGUUAGAUUGCAGCUUGACCAUUAAAAAGAGAUGGGAGGUCCAAGGCAGAAAAUCAAAUUUCACAUCUUCAGACAAAAUUCUUAAAAGGAGUUUUGAACACUCCUGUUAUAUAUAAUAGGUUUGAGAGCUGUUUGAAUUUGACACCAUUAAUUGAGAGCUUGAAAUUUUUAUACAUGUAAUAAGUUCGAUUACACUCUUUUUUUUAUGAGAGCCCCCUAAUUAUAAGGUUUACAAACUGUUACUGAAUUUCUGGAAUU